CAGCCAGAGUGCCGGCCAGCAGCACAGGUCACCAGUCUGCCGCCGGUCCGCACCAGCGCCCGCGGCCCAUGGAGUCCCGGCCGCUCCUCUUGCUCCUGGGCCUCUGCUCAGCUGGCCUUGUCCUGGGCUCCGAACACGAGACCCGUCUGGUGGCAAAGCUAUUCGAACACUACAACAGCGUGGUGCGGCCAGUGGAAGACCACCGCCAGGCUGUGGAGGUCACCGUGGGCCUGCAGCUGAUACAGCUCAUCAAUGUGGAUGAAGUAAAUCAGAUUGUGACAACCAAUGUUCGACUAAAACAGCAAUGGGUAGAUUACAACCUAAAAUGGAAUCCAGCUGACUAUGGCGGCGUGAAAAAAAUUCACAUCCCCUCUGAAAAUAUCUGGCGCCCAGACAUCGUUCUCUAUAACAAUGCAGAUGGUGACUUUGCCAUUGUCAAGUUCACCAAAGUGCUCCUGGACUAUACUGGCCACAUCACAUGGACACCUCCGGCCAUCUUUAAAAGCUACUGUGAAAUCAUCGUCACCCACUUUCCCUUUGAUGAACAGAACUGCAGCAUGAAGCUGGGAACCUGGACCUAUGACGGCUCUGUGGUGGCCAUCAACCCGGAAAGUGACCAGCCUGACCUGAGCAACUUCAUGGAGAGUGGGGAAUGGGUGAUCAAAGAGGCCCGUGGCUGGAAGCACUGGGUGUUCUACGCCUGCUGCCCCUCCACCCCCUACCUGGACAUCACCUACCACUUCGUCAUGCAGCGCCUGCCCCUCUACUUCAUCGUCAAUGUCAUCAUCCCUUGCCUGCUCUUCUCCUUCUUAACCGGCCUGGUGUUCUACCUGCCCACAGACUCAGGAGAGAAGAUGACUCUGAGCAUCUCUGUCCUGCUGUCUUUAACCGUGUUCCUUCUGGUCAUCGUGGAGCUGAUCCCUUCCACCUCCAGUGCUGUGCCCUUGAUUGGGAAAUACAUGCUCUUUACCAUGGUGUUUGUCAUUGCGUCCAUCAUUAUCACUGUCAUCGUCAUCAACACACACCACCGCUCCCCCAGCACCCACGUCAUGCCGGAGUGGGUGCGGAAGGUUUUUAUUGACACGAUCCCAAAUAUCAUGUUCUUCUCCACAAUGAAAAGACCAUCCAGAGAAAAACAAGACAAAAAGAUUUUUACAGAAGACAUUGAUAUUUCUGACAUUUCUGGGAAGCCAGGGCCUCCGCCCAUGGGCUUCCACUCUCCCCUGAUCAAACACCCUGAGGUGAAAAGUGCCAUCGAGGGUGUCAAAUACAUUGCGGAGACCAUGAAGUCAGACCAGGAGUCCAAUAACGCGUCUGAGGAAUGGAAGUAUGUUGCAAUGGUGAUGGACCACAUUCUCCUUGGAGUCUUCAUGGUCGUCUGUAUCAUUGGAACCCUGGCUGUGUUUGCAGGUCGGCUCAUUGAAUUAAAUCAGCAAGGAUGAGCAGGAAGCUGAGCUGAGCCUGGCUUCGCCCAGCACCAGGCAGAGCAGAGAAGACAACUUGUCCACUUGCAUGUCAGCUCACUUAUCAAACAUAUUCUGUAUUUAUGAUUAAUGAUAAUAAUUUACCCUUAUGUAAGGUUGUAGCCUCAAAGUGUUUUCAUAUUGUUUCUCCCUUCAAUUUCAGUCAGUGUGGAGAGUGUUUCCUUUCCAGUAAAGGAAACAGGAUCGCUACAAGAA